AAACACAGCCUUAGUAAAUUUUCUACACCUACGGCCAUCAACGGAAAUCCAUCCCACGAAGGAAAUCGAUCGGUGACCAGGAAAUAAACAAAGCUCAGCAAUAAUUCUCCGUUGUUAUCUGCAAUCGAUCGGUGACCAGGAAAUCGAUCAGUGACCAAGAAAUCGAUCGGUGGUUAUCGGCAAUGGCCGGAGCAGCAGCGCAGAAUACCCAAUUCACCCAGCAAUUCCUAAGCAGCGUCCUCUCCCAGCGUGGUCCAUCGGCUCUGCCCUACACUGAAGACGUUAAAUGGCUAAUCCGACAACAGCUCCUCUCCCUCGUCAACAUCUACCCCAGCCUCCAGCCCAAGACGGCCACCUUCACUCACAACGACGGCCGAACCGUAAAUCUCCUCCAAGCCGAAGGCACCAUCCCCAUGUUCUAUAUGGAGGUCAUGUAUAACAUCCCUGUUGUUAUCUGGCUCAUGGAGUCUUACCCUCGCCAGCCCCCCUGCGUCUACGUCGCUCCAACACGGGACAUGAUCAUCAAGCGCCCCCACCCCCAUGUCAAUCCUUCCGGCCUCGUCUCCCUCCCUUAUCUCCAGAAUUGGAUCUACCCAAGUUCCAAUCUCGUCGAUUUGGUCCGAAAUCUCAGUCUCGUCUUCGGUCGCGACCCCCCUCUUUAUACCCGCCAAAUACCAGCGCCACCUCCGUCAAACCCUACCCCUACCCCUCCUGACAAUUCUUCUGUGAUCUCGGCGUCUUCGUCGGCGUCAGCUCGUCCUGGGAUUCCGUCCAGGGUUUACUCUUCGUUGUCUCCCUACGGUGGGAGGCUCCCGCCGUCGCCUCAGCACCAUCGGCAGCAUACGGAAGACCAAUCGGAGGUUUUCCGGAGAAAUGCGAUUGACAAACUUUUGAGUAACUUACAUGCCGACAUCGAUGCGUUGAGGAAGAAUAGAGAGGCCGAGAUGGAAGGGCUUUUUAGUGCCCAGGCGGUUUUGCGGCAGAGGGAGGAUCAGCUUUCCAAAGGGUUGAGGGAGAUGCAGGAUGAGAAGGAGGGUUUAGAGCAGCAAUUACAGAUGGUUCUGAUGAAUUCGGAUAUUUUGGAGGCAUGGUUGAGGGAGAACGAGUCGAAGACGGCGAACAUAGGGAAAGUGGAUAUUGAUAAUGUUUUUGAGCCUAUUGAUGCUCUCUCGAAGCAGAUGCUAGAAUGCAGUGCRUCAGAUUURGCUAUAGAGGAUGCCAUUUAUUCAUUGGAUAAAGCGGUUCAGGAAGAAUCAAUUCCCUUUGACCAGUACUUAAGGAGCAUCAGGUCGCUAUCGCGUGAACAGUUCUUCCAUCGUGCUACUUCUUCAAAGCUUAGGUCUACACAGAUGCAGACUCAAGUUUCUAACAUGGCAGCUCGCUUGUCGCAGUAUAUCAAUUCUUGACAAUUCAUUUGGUAUCUUAUGGUUCUCUCAUUUACUGUUAUACGGAUGUCCCGGAGAUUAUGUUUCUUUAAUGCUUAGUUGUGAUAUUUUUGUAUUUCUUUCUCCUUGUAUAAAUCAUGGCUUUUGGAUUUUUCUUCUUUUAUUUGUAAUGUGAGGAAAAUACUAGUUGUUAUUUGAACAACUUAUAACUACAGAAUAGGUGAUAUAUGGAAAUGAAUUCUUUUUUGUCGAAUUCAUCUAUAAUGAU